AUGUUACUCUUCGAGUCGGAAAAAAAGCAGACCAAGCAAAAACAGCAAAGUCGACAUCUAGAAUUUCAAGCUAUCGUUCUUGCGGGUUAUGGUAAUAGUCUCUAUCCUCUGACUGAAGAUAACAAUGUUCCCAAAGCCCUACUCCCCGUUGCAAAUAAACCGAUGCUAUAUUACGUCUUGGAGUGGUUGGAAAAAGCCGGAAUUUUUGGUAUUUGUGAUAAGGCCAAUCAGCUGAAUGUUUACGAAGGGAAGUUGAGACCUCACCUGGAAGCAUUCAAGGAAGACAUGGGAACCGCGGACGUGUUACGACUCAUCAAGGAAAGAAUAAAGUGCGAUUUUAUAGUUAUGAGUUGCGAUCUAAUCAUUGACCUCGCACCGCACCAAUUUUUGGAUUUUCAUCGGUCGCACGAUCCCACACUUUCAGCACUUUAUUAUGAGCCUCAUAAAUCUGAGGGAAGUGGUACAGGUGGUGGCAGUAAUUACAAAGAUGAAAGCCCGAAACAAAUUGUGGGCGUUGAUGCCACCCAAUCGCGUCUCGUCUAUGUCGCAUCUGGUGCCGACUUGGAUGAGGAAUUUUCUUUACGCAUGUCGCUAUUAUGGAAAUUUCCGCGAGUUGAUAUUCACACAACCUUGCAGGAUUCCCAUCUUUACAUCUUUAAGCGAUGGGUAAUUGAUUUGAUCGCGCAGAGGAAAGCUAUCUCUAGCGUGUGUGAACAUCUUGUCCCAUUGCUGGUGAAAUGUCAACAUCAAAAAUUACUGCUGGAGAGAGAAGGCGUAGACAAACUGGCAGCAACUUACGAGAAUUUCCAAAAGACGGCAAUCGCAUUCUCCACCACGUGUGAUGAAGACGUGAAGAGCUCACCGGUGCGAUGUCAGAUAUUCACAUAUAAGACGGGAUUUUGUGGUCGCGGUAACACCAUAGCCAAGUAUUGUGACUUGAAUCGUCAUUUAACCAAGAUAAGUAAUGAAGUGCGUGUUUCCGCCUCAGCGGAAAUUGGUCCCAAAACUCAGGUUGGAUCGGAUUCGUUGGUUGGCGACGAUACGAAAAUCGAAAAUGCGUACAUUAAAAGAUCUACUGUCGGUGCCCAUUGUGUUAUUGGGAAGAAUGUGAAGAUUUCGAACUCAAUAAUCAUGGAUAAUGUCACCGUUGAAGACAAUGUCAAGAUAGAUGGAUGCAUCAUCUGCUGUGGAGCAAGGAUAGGGGACAAAGCGCAACUGAAAGAUUGCGAAGUUGGUGGCGGUUAUGUCGCGGCACCGGAAAGUAGGUGUUUUAUGACAUUUUUCUAG